AUGGACCCAGAAAACAUUGAUUGGGGCAGCAUAGAAUCUGUGUUCGUCGAAGAUGAGACGUACGAGAACUUCGAAGCGCCUAAAUGGGUCGACCUCUCCAGCCCAGAUGAGCUCAUUGGCGAUGAAGCCUGGUUCUGCAGUCCUGAUUGCAACCAUCCGAAGGCGACUGAGGAUUUUCUCAAAUCAGCACGUAAUCUAAAGGUGGUGAAGCUUCUAAGAUCUUUAUCCAUUUCUGAAAUCCUUCCUUUUAGGGAAAGGAAUCGAAGAGAUGUGAAGGUAAAAGGGGUAGAAAUCAAACCACCUUUAGCUGCAGCAGAGUUUCCAGAGAUGAAGACCGAAAAUUCGAAUUCUUUAUGCAAUGUGUAUGAAGAGAGUGAGAACAAGAAUCCCAAUUUCCCACCUCCGGUUCCACUUUCGAAAACCAAAACAACGAAGGCUCCAAUGAAUCCGAGCAAUGUGAAGAAGAAAGCGGUGGAUGAAUCGUCUCAUGGUUCGUCAAAUUUUGGUAGGAAACCGCAGCUAAAGAGUACUUUCUCCGCCAGUAAUUUACUUGGAGGGCGGGCAAUGUUGAAUCAAAUCACGGAAUUUUGUGUGGAAUUGAAGAAAUUGGCAAGACGGGGUUCGAGAAAAGGUGGAUCAUCAGAGAGAGUUGGUUUGAAGGAGAGGGUUAGAGAGAGGAUCCCUCUGAUUGUUAGAGAAGGGAAGGUCUAA